AUGCGUAUGAGCGUUGAAUUGAUAAUAAUAUUUAUGAAUACCUAUACUGGAAAGACGAUCUCUUUGUUAAUCUACCCCACAGACACCAUUGCAGUUGUAAAAUUGGAGAUCCAGUAUAAGGAACAUAUUCUAUGCAACGAGCAGGCUUUGAUCUACAACAACAUGGUUCUCGAGGAUGACAGUACCCUUUUAGACUUCAACAUCUACAGGAACUCGACCCUCACGCUUAUGCGUAAGUGUAAACCAAGGCAAUUUAUUCCAAUAUACAUCAAUACCCUCACUCGAAAGAUCAUUACGCUAGAAAUCAAACCCUCGGAGACCAUCGAAGAGAUAAAAGCGAAAAUCGAGUAUGAGGUAGAUAUUCCGUGUGACGAGCAAGAGUUGAUCUUCAAUGAAACGGUUCUACCAAACAGCGAUUCCCUUGCCGAGCUUCACAUCAACAAGGAAUCCACACUCACAGUUAUACGUUUGUCAAGGGGAUUCAUGCGUAUAUUCAUCAUGACCGCUACUGGAAAGACCAUUACAUUGGAUGUCAAACCUUCGGAAACCAUCCAUGAUGUGAAAUCGAAGAUUCAGGAUAAGGAAGGACAGUUACGAGAAUCAUGGUAG